CGCCCUCAGUGAGCGCGGUGGCGUCACGUUACGCCAAACGUUCUCCCGGAAGUGCUGGUGAGUAAACGGUGGGGGCGUGUCUCUAGGUAACCCCGCGUGCAGUUACUGGAGAAACGCGGGAAGUGGGGCCCAGGCGCGGUUCUGUCCACUGCUAAGGUCGUUUUAGUUCCAGAUCGAGCGGAUAGCCUCUCCGAGGCCAAGAACGUGAGCCUGACCCGGUCUCCAGUGCGACGCGAUGGAAGUAGUGGAGGCCGCCGCCGCUCAGCUGGAGACUCUGAAAUUCGGUGGCACCGGCUUUGGGGUUGGCCAAGGGCAGGCGGUGCCGUCACCGGGCUCCGUUCCUGUCCCGGAGACACCGCAGCCACCACAGUCGGAUGAGGUGUCCCCAGACACUGGGCAGGACGCGGAGGCUCAGCUAUCCACGGAGCAGCCGCCUGAGCUCGCGCUGAGCACUGCAGUCGGCGGCAACCCCGUGCCGCAGCUGGGGCCCGAACCGCCACCUGGAGGGAACUGCGUCACCGGCUCGGGCGCUGCAGAGCUGGUGCCGACCCCAGACUCCCUGGGGACCUCGGACUCGGAUUCGGACUCGGACAGUGAAACAGAUUCAGAUAGUUCAAGCUCUUCUUCCUCAUCAUCUUCCUCAUCUUCCUCUUCCUCUCGAAUAUCGCUUCCUCCAGUGCUGUCUGAUGGAGAAGACAAUUUACAAGUUGAGAAGGAAAAUAAGAGUUUUCCUGUUAUUAAGACAAAAGAUGAAUUACUUCUUAAUGAACUACCUUCAGUUGAAGAACUCACUAUUAUUCUGCCUGAAGAUAUUGAAUUGAAGCCUCUUGGGAUGGUUUCAAGUAUUAUUGAACAAUUAGUAAUAAUCGAAUCUAUGACUAAACUACCACCAGUUAAUGAGGAGACUGUAAUUUUUAAAAGUGAUCGGCAGGCAGCAGGAAAGAUAUUUGAGAUAUUUGGACCUGUUGCACAUCCAUUUUAUGUGUUACGGUUUAAUUCUUCAAAGCACAUUGAGAGUAAAGGUAUUAAAAUAAAGGAUACGAUGUAUUUUGCACCAUCAAUGAAAGAUUUCACUCAGUAUGUAUUCACAGAAAAACAGGAAAAGGGAUCAGAUGCAUCAUGGGAGAAUGAUCAGGAACCACCACCAGAGGCCUUAGAUUACAGUGAUGAUGAAAAGGAAAAAGAAGCUAAACACAGGAAAAAGAAUCGCAUUCAAGGCCGGAAAAAACUAAGAUCUGAAUUUAAUGAAUCAGGUGAAGAUUUUGCAGAAGUACAUCAGAAUUGGAAUGCUUCAGAGCAUUCAAAAGGAUACUGCAACAGAGAAUUCACGCGAGGAUUUUCCCGGGGUAGAUACCCUCGCCCGUGGCAUGGCAGGCCCCCAGCUCCACAGUUUUAUAACUCGGAGCAUAUGGUAUCUCAGGAGACUUCAGGAUUUCCACCUCAGAGACAAGAUAAUCUUAUGCCACAGUAUCCCUUUCCUCCUCCAGUGUUUGACAUGCAUCAUUUUUCACUCCCUCCUCCACUACCACCACCGCCUCCGCCGCCUCCACCUGCGUUUGUAAACAUGGGUUGGGCAGCGCCUCACAUGGCACCUCCCAUACCAUACUCUGUGCCCCCGCCCCCGCCGCCCCCGCCCCCGCCUCCGCCUCCGCACCCCUCGUCUGGAGAUAGUCAUUCUCAUUUUGGAUCUUACUAUUAGGUGAAUACAUGCAUUUCCAGAGAAAUGUAGACUUCAUAUUUUAUAUAGAAAAGAUUUUUUUCUUUUAUAUGGGAAGGAUUUUUUUUUUUUAAAGAAAGUAAUUAUGGAUCUAGAUUUUUAAAACAUUGUCAAAAACUGAAUGCUUCCUUUAGUUGUAAGUUGAUAUAUAUUUAUAACAUUUGUGAAAUUGUACCCGUAUGAAAAUUUCACUUUAGAUUUGUAGGAGGGAAUUCCAAUUAUGUAAUAUUUAAUUAAAACUGAAUCCAUGCUUUCCCCACCCCUGCCCAAUUUAACAGUAGUACAGGUUUAAUAAUAGAUUUGGAGCAACUUUCAUCAUGGAUGAAAUAUACUGAGCAUACUGAUUAUCUUGUGGGUAUAUCUGAAAAUAUGAUGUUGAAGUCCUAUUGAGAGUCUUUAAAAUAAACUAUUUUUUUAAACGUAUACUUUGGAAAUUGAUUUUGAUUAUAAUUGCAAAUUACCAGUAAAAUUAAAUGUAAAUAAAAAAAAAUGAAGUGUACAGAGAAGGAAAGCCUUAUAUAUUGGUAGAAGCUAUGACUAUAAUUAAAGUUUAUCAUUAUCUGUGCAGAUUUUCAUUAUUUGGGUACUUUUCAGUAGACUUUACUAUUUAGCCAUUUAAAGGAACACGAAGAUUAUUCACGAUAACAUGCAUUUGGCCCCACGUAGGGAGACCAUAUCUUCCUUACCUGUCCUGCUGAUCCUCACAUGCGUGGCACAGAGUAGGUGCUUCAUAAAUAGUUAAUGAAUGACCGACUUUAGGGUUUUUAAUUAAUGACCAGCGAGGAGUAUUUUACAUCCUGUAAUGUAAACGUAAGGGAAAUUACAGAAUUUUAGAGCUAAGGGACACCCUAGAAGCAGUCUAAACUAGUCCUCGUUUAAUGAAUAAGGAAGAGCCUAGCUAAAGAUUCCCAAGGGCUAAGUAACUUAACUAAGGUCACUCAGUGAGAUGAUGGAGUUGAACCUAGUUUUCUUG